UCAAGUGGCGCGCCCUUGUGGCAGAUCAGCAACAAAGAGAGAGGAGAGAAAAAGAGAAAGCUAAGUGAGCGGCGAACGAGUGAAAUGCGUCUAAUUUGUUGUUCUUUGUUCUUCGAUGAUCGUAGAUGAAAAAUAUUAUUAGUUUUCGAUUCAGGUUUCUCGUUCGCUUGAGAGUGUCUCGAAUUCAUUUACAGGGGCUUACACAGAGUCUGCACGUGCUAUUUUAUAGGCAUAAAAAAAGUAAACAUGUAGAAGAAUACGUUGAUAUUAGUGCAGUUGCGUUCUUGUCUUUGCUCUGUCUUCCUCACCUUUCCCCACACCCUUCGUCAUUUUCACGGAUACUUUGCCUCUAGCUAUGUUUUUUUUCUCUCUUUCUUUUUAAGGUAGUAUAUGUAAGUGAAUACUGCGGUAUUCCGAUAGCGCGCUCGUUAUUCCUCACGUGAAAAAGGAGGAGGAAAAGGAAAAGGAGGGGAGACGGGUGCGUGUGUGACUUCCCACAUCGGAGAAAUGUCGUCGGUAGCGGCAGCACUCGUGGCGACGGAAUAAACGGCGAAAGAUGUCUGGGCCGAUGAUUAGUCGUCCGCAGACAGCCGAAGGUGGUAAUGAUAUUAAUUCUCUGGUACAUGCGGUACAUUGUGCGCUUUGCGAGAAGACCGAGAAAUUGUUGAGGUGUUCAAGGUGUAAGUCCGCUUUCUAUUGUACGAAAGAACAUCAAAAACGUGAUUGGAAACGUCACAAAGAAUUUUGUAGAACUCAAACAUCCUGGUCAAAUGAUUCUUCGCUUACCGUUUUUCCCACAAACAACACAGACAGAGAUUGCGCUUCAGAUGUAAUUGGCAAUUAUUCUUCUUCGAAUAAACGCAAGACGCAACAAAACACACGGUCGCUUUCUAACCUAAACGACCGAUCUCAACUUACCAACGAAGUUAUUGCAAAUCUCGUCGGUGAUUGCACCUUACAAAAAAAGAUUGAAAACAAGGAUUUUUUACGUUCUAAUUCUUUGAAAUCAAUUCAAGAUACUAAAAAGCAACUUGAGAGCGUAGUUAAUCAGAAAUGUAAAGAUCAAACUUUUAAGGAUAAACAGAACGGAAAGUCGAAGAGCAGCCAAAUUAUCAAAGCUGAUGGUAGGAUUUCUCCUAUAACUUAUGAAGGUAGUUCAGAAGAUACCAUUUUAGGAGCUAGAGAGGAAUUAUUAAAUCCUGCUUUAGAAGUGAGUUCAAGAUUUCUUGGUAAUAUACAAGAUUCGGAAUUAAAUAUGCCGACGCAAUACCACAAUGGCAUGAAGAAAUUUCAAAGCGUUCAAUUACACUUAGAUGAUCCUUCAACUCCUUUUUUGCAUAUGAAUAAGAACAAUUUAAAAUCAAUGAUAGAUACUAUUAGUCAAAAUGUGGUUGAAGACAUGAACCAAUUUGGUGUGAGUGUGAUAGACAAUUUCUUAGGCUAUGAAAGUGGCAAUGAAGUGCUAAAAGAAGUUUUAAGUAUGUACAGUUCAGGAUUAUUUAAGGAUGGACAAUUGGUUUCCAAUAAGGCUAGUGCAAACGACUUAAAAACAAUUCGAGGUGAUCAGAUAACAUGGUUGGAUGGAAAGGAAAGACAGUGUCCAAAUAUUGCCAUGCUUAUAUCGCGGGUCGAUGCUGUUAUCAUGAAGGCAAACAAAAUGACCAAUAAUGGGAAAAUGGGAGAAUAUUUAAUUAAUGGCAGAACGAAGGCGAUGGUUGCUUGCUACCCCGGGUACGGUUCCCGUUAUGUAAAGCAUGUGGAUAAUCCUAACCGAGAUGGACGAUGUAUCACAGCAAUUUACUAUCUUAAUCAAGGUUGGGAUAGUAAGACAAAUGGUGGCCUUCUAAGGAUAUUUCCAGAAGGUUGGAGCGGAGCCCGAGUAGCCGACAUCGAGCCUAUAUUCGACAGAAUACUUUUCUUUUGGUCAGAUAGAAGAAAUCCUCACGAAGUACAACCAGCAUACAAAACGCGAUAUGCAAUCACACUGUGGUACUUUGAUGCUGAAGAAAGGAACCAAGCUUGCCGAAGGUAUCAACUCGACAAACUACAACAAAUCGCACAAGCGCAAGCGCAAACGCAGGGUUCGUGAGACACAGAGUCCGAAGGACAGUUAGACCGUCCGUCGACUGAAAUUGUAACGUUAAUUAUUGGACUUACACAUCUGUAUAUAGCUACAUAUGAAAAAGAAGCAUUGGUACAUAAAACGUAUUAUGUAUUAUUAUGUAUUACCUAUAUAAAUAUAUUUAGCCGAUAAAUUUUAUAUUAUAUAUAAAGGAUAAUGCAAACUUAAAGCUUAUCGCGUGUAAGAAUUGUGCAAUAGACGUAACAACGUUCCUUUUUUUACGAAUGGUACUGUAAUAUAUAAUAUACAUACUACAUUCGACGUUCUCUAAGUAUAUGUAAUACCUCCUGCAAUUCUUACAUUGUUAACAUAAUCCUUAACGGAAUUCUCCCUCCCCACACACACACAUGAUUUUAUGCUGAAAAACUUAUUGUUAAAUAUUUCAAAUAACAACUUUAAUAUAUUCCUUUGGUUAUUAUUUAGUUAAUUUUCUUUUUUUCUUUUCUUUUUGUCUCUCCGUACAAAUAUCGUACACUUUUAUUACUUUGCAGGUGUUGAAUACUUUUUCUCUGUAAAGUUGAAAAAAAAUGCAACUUUUUCGUAUAAUUUGAGUAAUCUAACAGUUCCCUUCAUUCUUGAAUAUAGAUAAUUACAUCUAUAUACAAUUAAAAGUGAAGAAUACUACAUUAAAUGAUUUUCUAUUUUCGUUAUGCAAUCUCAUGUGGCAUUAUUGGUUUUAUCAUUAAAUUAUAUGUUUUCAAACAAAAACGCCACAAUUAAUUUACCGAGAAUCAUUCAUACUUCCAGUACGAGUAUUGAUGAGAAAUAUCUAGACCCGUUCUGUACUUGUAAUAUUGUUAUAUAUAUACUGUGAAGUUGUAGGAGCCCACAAUGUUUAGUAUUGUACGUACCUAUUUAUAAAAAUCGAUAAUGGAAAAGAUUUUUAAAAAAUUAAUACUUAUAUCAUGUUCUUUAAAAAAAUUUUAAUACGUAAAAUUAUGUUAUUAGUUCAAAACUUAUUGUCAUUUAUAAACGAAAAGAAGGAUAAGGAGAGUUUACAUAAAUAUGUAUUACAUUUUACAAUGUUAAACUUAUUGGAUGUAUUCAAAAUGUUAGUAAACAUUAAUAAGUUAUUUUUGAAAUA